AGCAUGGAGCUGGCGGCAGAAGAACGACUAGUAGUAGCUCACUAGAAGCAUAUAUUUAAUGGCCGCUUGAAAAGCCCUAGGUUGUCAAUCCUCUCCCCACAGCCCUCAGCCUCAGGUCAUCACUAACAAUGGAUAGCCAUGGCUGCCGCCUAAACGCUAACCAUAACCCUAAUCCCUACGCUGAUCUCCUCGGCCCCGAUCUCGACUUCCAGGUCUCCGACUACCUCCUCCUCCAAGAAGAAGAAGAGGAAGACCUCUCGCCGCAAGAGAUGGCUUUCUCCCCCAAUGCCAGUGUCAUGGCCUCCGGCUCAGGCGACUCCACUUCAAGUGUUACUAACAUAUGGAGAAGUGAACAUGGGGAGAAGAAAAGCAAGGCGGCAGCCGAUCAUGGAGCUGGGUCGUCGUCGCCACCGUCGUCGACGAUGAGGGUUGCCUUCAAGACGAAAUCGGAGCUGGAGAUCAUGGACGACGGAUUCAAAUGGAGGAAGUACGGCAAGAAGAUGGUCAAGAACAGCCCUAACCCCAGGAACUACUACAAAUGCUCAGCAGGAGGGUGCAAUGUUAAGAAGAGGGUGGAAAGGGACAGGGAGGACCCAAGCUAUGUGAUAACAACAUAUGAGGGAAUGCACAACCAUGAGAGCCCAUCCACGGUCUACUACAAUAACACUAGCGUCCCCUUCUCCCUUGGAUACCCCCCCUCCACUCUCCAACCUUCUUCUUCCUCCUCUUCCCAUUCCUAUACCUCCCCUUCAUGAUCUAUAUCUAUAUCUACGUCACCUAUAUAUAUAUAUAUGAUCACAACUUGACAUCCUUGAUCAUGGGAUUCAAAUAUUGUUUUUUUUUAACAUAUUUUAGAUUUAUGAUCAUAUACAUAGAGGAUAUAUAGAGUCUUAUAUAGAUAUUUUAAUUUGUAAUUGUUUUAUUUUUCUUCAUUCGAAGAAAAAAAAUUUCGUCGUCUCUUA